AUCAUUUGCUUCUGCGUGCGGUUGAAUUUCUUCCAUCAAAAAACGUUAAUAAAUCACCGUUAAAAGCAUGCAUGAUAGUGAUUCCGAAAGUGCAACAUCCGACUCGGACAGUUCCUCCGAGCUAGACGUCGGCAGCAAGCGAUUUAAUCCACUGAAAGCCCUAUACUCCGCCAAACUGAAAGUGCCUGUUGCAACUGCCCGGCUGCAUGACAACGUGAGCGUGCUGGAGUCGAAACAAAACACACUGGGCGGUUUUGCGGAACCUUACGAUGAGAAUCGUGUCAAGCAAAUCCGUGCCGCCCAAAAUGCGAACAAAGUUAAAGUUAUUCCUCGUGGACAGAAGCCGGAAAGGAGAUUUCUUCCAGAGCAAGGUCCGGUAGCGUAUGUACGACCAUUGAAACACACAAAAAACCUUCUCACGCGGUUGGAAAAAGGCUUCGAAGGACCGUUAGCGUUGAUGCAGAAAUGGAUGCAGGAACGGCGACGGGUGCGCGUACACAUACGCAAGCAGAAAGGCAUACGGGGCCACGUCUCGGGUGUGAUUGAACUGUUCGACAAACACUGGAAUAUAGCGAUCAGCGAUGUGUGCGAAACGUACACCAGACGCAAGUAUCGGUACAGCGAGAACAAUCUGCAUCCGGACAGUAUCGUUGCGCCCACAGAUUGUAGCGAGCGGUUGCGUCGGUUAGGGAUCGUUCUGGCCAAGACGACGGUACGCUCGGAAGGCAAAAAGAAUGUGAUAAUAACCCGCAAGCUGCCUCAGCUGUUAAUACAUGGCAUUCAGGUGGUGCUGGUAACACCCGAACCGAAUGAUCCUCAAGCAAGUACUUCGAGAGCGAAGCAAUAA